AUGGUCGUCGCCGCCGUCGCCGUCGCCGUCGGCAAAGUGGUCGGCGGCCCAGAGGGAAAUGUCGUCGUCGUCCAUGAGGGCGGCAACGUCGGCGUCUUCGGGGUCCAUGAGCGGUGCGUUGUCGUCGUAGUCAAAGCUGUCGGCGCUGCCGCUGCCGGUGUCGGCGUAGACGCCCGCGGCGCGGCGCGAAGCAGCAGCACCACCGACACGGCCCUCUUCGGCCAGUCCCUCCUCCGCGGCAAUCUCGGCGGCGCGGGCCAUGGUGCGGCGGAAGAUAAAGAGGCCGACGCCGACGCCAAUCAGGCCAAAGACGGCCAUGCUGAUGUAGUUGAAGGCCUUGGCGCCGGCGGACAUGCUGUCGCCGUCCUCGGCCAGUUUGGCGAGCCGGCUGCCGAUGAAGACGUGGACCAGCAGCUUGGGGCUCGCAAUGGCCGUGCUGAUGGCAAAGUUGAGCGGGGUGAUGCUGGGGAUGGUGGCCAAGAAGCCGUUGCUCAGGCUGUAGGGCAGCGGGCAGAAGCGGACCGCGGCCAGCACCCAGAUGCCGUCGCGGCGCAGGACCUGGCUGAGGGCGACAAAGCGGUGGUUGGUGCCGACGAGACGGUCGACGUAGCCGCUGAGCACGGUGCGGCUGGCAACAAAGGCGGCGAGGCUGCCGAUGACAUUGGCGGAGGCGGCAAUGGGCCAGCCCCCGGGGAAGCCAUACACCAGACCGGCGAGGGUGCAGGCGGUGCUGUAGCCGAUGAUGGGCGGGAAGCCCGUGAUGAACACGAGCAGCCACACCAGGACCCAGCCGCCGGUCAGGUCGUGCCAGCCCUUGGCAAUGGGGCCCAGAGCGGAAAAGAUGCGGUGGCUGUAGAUGAGCAUGAGAAUGCCCAGAGCAAGGCUGACGGCGCCAAAGGCCACGAACAAGAUGCGGUGCAGGGUGGAGAGGCGGAUGUAAAAGGCGAGAGCGUGCGCCAGAGCGAGGCGGCGGUGGACGACGCCGUGGCGAUGGCACCGCGGAUGCCGGCGGGGCCACGUCGCCGGCGCGCUCCUGCACUUCUAGAAAAGGAGGCGCGGCCGGUGUUUCUCCGGCUGCUUCUGCCAUCGCCGCCACCACCGCCACCACCACUACCAAAGGAGUUGCGGCCGCUCGACCGCGAGGCGUUGCUGCGGUGCGAGUUGGCACGGUUGAUGGAGAAGUGCGAGUGCUGCGGGCUGCUGUGGCCCGUGCUGCCGCCGGUAUUGUCGGGACGAAGGGCCCAUGCCGGCUGCGGCGAGGGCGAGGUCGAGGCCGACCUGGGGGAGCCGGAGGCCUUGAUGUUCAUGCUGGCGGGGACGCGGGGGGACGGUGAGCGGGAGCCGUUGGGAGAGGGGGCCAGCGGGACGGCGGCGGCAGCAGAGACCGGCGCGUGGUAG